GAUCUCUGACUCAAAGGUGUCGCACGGUCGCACCUUCACUAAAGAGAGAUCACGAGGAGGAGGACUUAGUAAGCAAUAUAAGGGGAUACAGGUCAAAAAGAAAAAGAGGAGGAAGAAGAAGAAGCCACUCGGUCACCCCUGCAAGUGGCGCUCCAGUCCCAGACAGACUGCCAGAGUGCCAGUGCCGGUAUGGCUGCGGAUGUAGAAGGAUGGUCAUUCUGCGGCUCCCGUCUGUGGGAUGCUAACCUCACCUGGUAUGCAGACACGCCCCAGUUUCCACGAUGCUUUGAGAGGACAGUAUUGGCAUGGGUUCCAUGCGUCUUCCUAUGGGUGCUGGCACCAGUUGAGACCCAUUUCAUUAUCCGGAGCCAUGAUAGAGAUGUGCCUUGGUCUUGGGUUAAUGUCUCUAAAUUGGCUGGGUCAUUAGUGCUCCUGAUGCUGCAGCUGAUUGACUUUUUUCAUGCCCUUUACCAAUGGAUGGUUGGGGAACCUGUUUAUGGGGUGCAUUUUGUGACUCCUGCUUUUCUCUUUGUCUCCUUGUUUUUGCAGUUUUCACUGGUGAUAGUUGAAAGAAAAAGAGGUUUCCAGAGUUCAGGCUACCUCUUCCUCUUUUGGGUGUUGGCUGUAGCGUGUUUUUUGCCAGAGUUUCUGUCUCACAUCUAUGCAGGUCCGCACCAGGAGGGUGAAGGAGUGAGCUUUGGUACAUUCAUGGUGUUCUACCCUCUCACUGUGUUGAUGCUUGUGUUCAACUGUUUUGGGGAUGCUCCGCCACGCUAUGUUCAUUACCCACAGAGCCAGAAAAGCUGCCCUGAAACUGGUGCAUCCUUCCUCAGUAAACUUACAUUUUCAUGGAUGGACUCCCUCAUUUGGAAGGGGUACAAACAGCCUUUGGAAAAUUCUGAUCUCUGGGAUCUCUCCUAUGAAAAUUCUUCCAGCACAAUUGUAGCAAACUGGAAUAAAAACUGGAAGAAAGUCUCAGCUAAAUCCUACAGAAAAUUUUGGGACAACUUUGGGAAAGGUGAAUCCCAAACCUACGCCACCUUCAGUGAUGCAGAUCAUGUGGAGCUCUCUGGCCAGGCAGGCAACAAAGAGCAUUACCUCUCCAUUCUUCCCACCAUGGUGAAAGUGUUUUCAUCACCAUUCCUUUUUGGAGCCUUGCUCAAGUUUCUUUAUGAUGUUCUACAGUUCAUUAGUCCUCAGAUUCUCAGUGCACUCAUCACCUAUACGGAGAGCACUGAGGAGGAAAUGCCUGCCUGGCAUGGUAUUUUCUAUGCUGUGUUGAUGUGGGGGUGUGCACAGGGUCAGUCUCUCUUGCUUGCCCAGUAUUUUGCCCGCAUGAUGGUAAUGGGCAUGCAGGUCCGUACUGGAAUUAUUUCAGCAGUUUACCGUAAGGCAAUGAAAAUAUCCAGCUCGGCCAAGAAGGAAUCAACUGUAGGCGAAAUAGUGAAUCUGAUGUCUGUGGAUGCCCAGCGCUUCAUGGACAUCACCACUUACAUCAACAUGAUUUGGUCAGCUCCUUUGCAGAUCAUAUUGGCCAUCUAUUUCCUCUGGGAUCUCCUUGGGCCUUCGGUUCUUGCUGGACUAGCAGUGAUGGUGUUGCUGAUCCCCAUCAAUGGAUUCAUUGCCAACAAGACAAAGAAACUUCAGAUGAAGCAAAUGAAAUUGAAGGAUGAGCGUGUGAAGCUCAUGAAUGAAAUUCUCAAUGGCAUAAAGGUCCUGAAACUGUAUGCCUGGGAACCAUCCUUUGAGGAUCAGGUGUUGGGAGUCCGCAGUAAGGAGGUGAAGGUCCUUAAAGAGGCAGCCUACUUCAAUGCUGCCACCAACUUCCUCUGGAACUGUGCCCCAUUUAUGGUAUCCAUUGCCACCUUUGCUGUGUACGUCAGCAUUUCUCCUGAUAACAUACUGGAUGCAAAGACAGCCUUUGUCUCCCUCUCCCUAUUCAACCUUUUGCGUUUCCCGCUAGCAAUGCUUCCCAUGCUCAUCACUAAUAUAGUACAGGCACAAGUUUCCCUGAAAAGGAUCAAUAAAUUCAUGAAUGCUGAUGAACUGGAUCCAAAUUACAUUUCUCAGGAAAACACACCCAAGCAUCCAGUGGUAAUAGAGAAUGGAACUUUUGCUUGGGGUCACGGAGAGGAAGAUGGAAAGCCUGUGCUGAAAGAUCUGAAUCUGACGGUUGAGAAAGGCUCCCUGGUGGCUGUAGUGGGCACUGUAGGGGCUGGUAAAUCCUCCCUCUGCUCAGCCAUUUUGGGUGAGAUGGAGAAGCAGAGUGGGAGAGUCAGUCUUAAGGGUAAGGUGGCCUAUGUGUCCCAGCAAGCAUGGAUUCAAAAUACCACCCUAGAGAACAACAUACUCUUCAACCAACCCAAGGUGGAGGAUCGUUACAGGGCAUGUCUGCAAGCAUGUGCCCUACAGAGUGACCUUGCCAUCCUUCCAGGGGGUGACCAAACAGAGAUUGGGGAGAAGGGAAUCAACUUGAGUGGUGGGCAGAAGCAGAGAGUCAGUUUGGCACGAGCCGUCUAUUCUGAUGCAGACAUUUAUCUGCUGGAUGAUCCCUUGAGUGCUGUUGACUCUCAUGUUGGGAAACACAUCUUUGACCAGGUCAUAGGGCCUAAAGGGAUGCUAAAAAAUAAGACACGCCUCCUGGUCACUCAUGGAUUAACAUACCUUCCAAAGAUGGACAGGAUUGUGGUACUGAAAGAUAAAAAGAUAAGUGAGCAAGGCACAUACAAAGAGCUUCUUCAAAAGAAGGGACCUUUCCAGGAGUUUCUUCUCCAGUAUCUCACUUCAUAUUCAGAGGACCUUGAGGAUCUGGCCGAGUUUGAAGAUAUCAAGAUUCAGCUCGAGAGUUCUCUUGGGCAAGAGGUUGUGCAGCAGUUGGGGCGUCAGAGGUUGGCAAGUGAGAGUGAGAGUGUUGCAGAAUCAGAGAGCAGCAAAGGAUUAGUGCAUUAUCGAAAUAGCCACAGGAUCAGCGAGUCAUCAGUUGAGAAAGAAUCAAAGAGCCAACCACCACAGAAGAAAGUGGAAAAGAUCAUCGAAGCAGAGAAGACAGAGACAGGCAGGGUUCAGUCUGCAGUGUACAAGUACUACAUCCAAUCCAUUGGGGUCUUGCUGCUUCUGUUGACCCUGAGUUGCUAUGUAGUGGCCCAGAGCUGCAUUGUGGGAUCCAGUGUGUGGCUGUCCAUUUGGUCUGAAGACACUGAUAGAAACAGCACCAACACAGACAUGUACCUUGGGGUUUAUGGUGCCAUGGGUGUUGGCCAAGCCAUAUUUGUCUUUGUUGGAGCUUUUUCCAUGUCGUAUGGCACACUUGGUGCUGGGGCCAGACUCCACUAUCAAAUCCUCCACAGUGUCAUGCGCUUACCCAUGCACUUCUUUGACACAAACCCAGUUGGCAGGAUGAUUAAUCGUUUUGGUAAAGAUAUGGACACACUUGAUACAGUUUUGCCAAUGACUCUUCGUUCAUGGACAGUUUGCUUCUUUACGGUUGUAUCAACUUUUACAGUGAUCAUCUAUGCCACUCCAAUCUUUACAACAGUGAUAGUCCCAACAAUUAUCCUCUACACUUUUAUUCAGAUUUUAUACGUGUCAACCUCUAGACAGCUCAAGCGCUUAGAAUCAGUGUCUCGUUCUCCCAUCUACUCCCACUUCCAAGAAAGUAUUCAAGGAGCCUCUACUAUCCGGGCAUUCGAAAGGCAGCACCAAUUCAUUAGGGAGUCAGAGUUGAAGGUAGACUCCAACCAGGUGUGCAACUACCCAAGUGUCAUUGCAAAUAGAUGGCUAGCGAUGCGUCUAGAGUUUAUUGGCAACAUCAUAACCUUCUUUGCUGCCCUCUUUGCUGUACAGAGCCGAGAAACUAUUGAUGGAGGGAAGGUUGGGCUGUCUGUCACAUAUGCCCUGUCAGUUACACAAACCCUUAAUUGGCUGGUGAGAAUGUCUUCAGAGGUUGAGACCAAUAUUGUUGCUGUGGAGCGCAUCAAGGAAUACACAGAGAACCCACAGGAGGCACCAUGGGAAUUACCCAGCGACAAACCCCAAGAGAACUGGCCCCAGGAAGGAGUUGUGGAGUUCAACAAUUACUCCACUAGGUACCGUGAAGGGUUGGACGUGGUGGUGAAAAACAUAACUUUCAAAAUCUCCAAAGGAGAAAAGAUUGGCAUUGUUGGAAGGACAGGUGCUGGAAAGUCCUCCCUAAUGCUGGGUCUGUUCCGUAUCAUUGAAGCCACCGGAGGCAACAUCACCAUAGAUGGCAUCAACAUUUCUAAAAUUGGUCUGCAUGACCUACGUGGCCGCCUCACAAUAAUUCCUCAGGAUCCUGUGCUGUUCAGUGGCACACUGCGAAUGAACCUGGACCCCUUCAACAUAUAUAGUGAUGAGAAAAUAUGGUCUGCAUUGGAACAUGCUCACCUCAAGGAUUUUGCCUCCUCCCUCUCCUCUGGUCUCCAACAUCAAGUCUCUGAGGGAGGAGACAACCUUAGUGUAGGCCAGAGGCAGCUGGUGUGUCUGGCCAGGGCUUUGCUGCGCAAGACCCGCGUGCUAAUCCUGGAUGAGGCAACAGCUGCCGUUGACAUGGAGACUGAUGACCUCAUCCAGCAGACCAUCCGGAAAGAGUUUAUAAGCUGCACUGUGCUGACCAUCGCACACCGCCUCAACACCAUCAUGGACUCCUCCAGAGUUUUGGUCUUGGACAAAGGAGAGAUUAAAGAGUUUGAUGCACCAGCUGUUCUUCUGAGUAACACUUCUUCCCUAUUUUAUGGAAUGGCUAAAGAUGCUGGCAUACUUUGAAGUUAGUUUUGCCUAUAGCCUAUAAAUACUCCUCAGUUACUUACGUCUUUAGUCAUGCAUUGUUAUGCAUUUCAGGGUACAUGUAUAAAGAUCCUUAUGAACCA